AUGAUUUUCAAAUCUCGUUUUCUUGAUAUUGAAAUUCCAAAAAUAGGAAUUUAUCAAUAUGCUACAAGUAAUACUAGUGGAAUUGAUGAUGAAAAACCAAUAUUUAUUGAUGCUACGACGGAUAAAAAAUUAUCUUUCGGUGAAUUUAAAAGAAACUCAAGGAGAUUUGCGGCUGGUUUAGUUAAUAAAGUUGGAUUUAAACGUGGAGACGUUUUGGCCAUAUUCUCUCCUAAUCACCUUGAUUAUCCGACCGUGAUAUAUGGUGCAAUUGCUGCAGGAGGAAAAGUGUCCCCAAUUAAUCCCUUAUAUACGGUUGAUGAAUGCGCCUUUCAAUUAAAAGAUUCUGGUGCAUCCGUUAUUAUAGUUAUUCCUUCAUGUCUUUCAAACGUGAUUAAAGCCGCAUCCGCAGCAAAUAUUCCAAAAUCCAAAAUAUUUUUGUUUGAUGAAGAAGAAAUUAAUGGAAUUCGACCUUUCUCGUCUUUAAUUUCUGAACAAGAAAUCAAUCCAAUAGAAUAUUCACCAGAAGAAGCAAAGUUAACGACUGCCUUUUUGUGUUACAGUUCUGGUACUACAGGAAAGAAUAAAGGGGUUGAAACUACUCAUUAUAAUAUUGUAUCAAAUUUGGCUCAAUUAUCUGCGUUCGAAAAAGGAUUCACUCAUGAGACUUCUUUAAUUGGCUUUCUCGGAGCUUCGUGUGUUAUUCUUCCCAAGUUUGAAUUAGAAAUAUUUUGUCGUGCGAUUCAAGAUUAUAAAGUAAAUUUGGCACCAGUUGUUCCUCCUGUCGUUUUGCUUUUGGUUAAAAGCCCCAUUGCAAGAAAAUAUGAUUUAUCAAGUUUACGAUUAGCUAUAUCCGCUGCCGCUCCUUUAAGCAAAGAAUUAAGCAAUGAAUUUGUUAAAAUUCACAAAAUUCCAAUCAAGCAGGCUUACGGUUUAACAGAGACAUCUCCAAUUACACAUAUGGCGGAGACUGAUAACAUUAUCAAUGGCUCGAUUGGAAUUCUUCUUCCAAACAUGGAAUGUAAAAUAGUUUCGGAGAAUGGUCAAGAACUUGGAUGUAAUGAAUUUGGAGAAUUAUACGUCCGUGGACCAAAUGUUAUGAAGGGUUAUCUUAAUAAUAAGGAAGCUACGGACAUUUGUAUUGAUAGUGAUGGUUGGUUUCGUACAGGGGAUGAGGUAUUCGCCGACUCUCGAGAAAAUUUUUUCAUUGUCGACCGCGUCAAAGAAUUAAUUAAAUACAAGGGAUUCCAAGUAGCUCCAGCCGAACUUGAAUCAGUUUUGCUUACUCAUCCAUCAAUUGCUGAUGCUGCGGUAAUUGGAGUACAUUCUAACGAAAGUGCAACAGAAUAUCCAGCAGCAUACGUAGUAUUACAAAAAGAUAUAAUUCAAUCUGAUGAGAUAAAAGAAGAGAUUAAAUUAUUUGUUUCUCAAAGAGUUUCUAAUCAUAAAUGGUUACGUGGCGGUAUUUAUUUUACUGAUCAAAUUCCUAAAAGUCCCUCAGGUAAAAUUUUGAGAAGGUUAUUAAGAGAUAGGGUAAAGAAUAAAUUUAUUUCAAAAUUAUAA